UUCUCGUUUAAACGCAGGCAGAGCAACGGUCAUCCUGAGGCGAGUGGACUGAGUGGAUUCAGUGGCGGAGUGAAACCGGAGCGCUGGUGCGGAAAAACGGACAAAAACUCCGGCAGCGGAAAAGAGACACGACAUUUUAACGUUUUAACCUUAUUUCUGACUCCAUAUUUAACCCGUACCCGAGAAGGAGCGCUUCGUCAUUCAGCUUUAGACAGAGAUAAAUAGAGAGUUUGAGCGGUGCGUGUGUCGGUAAUGCUGGCUGUUCUAGCUCCAGUGAUGAAUAUCGAUGUAACUAACGCUAACCUGCUGUUUUAUUACACGGGAAAUGUAGAAAUAGAGUAAUUAGAGGCCAGGCUUUAUAACUAGCGAUGUGACUUUAGGUUAAAAACGUCUCCACGACUCUCCCACCUUCUCUAUUAACGUUACUCUCUCACACUCCGCGCUGGAGGAUGAGGCUGGGCUCCAGGCUAGCCCUGCUGCUGCUGCUGUUCGCUCAGAUAUGCGCCUCCACGGGGUCUCGGCCACGUCUGGAGGACAGCCCACCUCGGAUCGUUGAGGACCCAUCUGACCUGAUUGUGUCCAAGGGGGAGCCAGCCACCCUAAACUGCAAGGCAGAGGGCCGGCCCAUGCCGACAGUGGAGUGGUACAAAGAUGGAGAGCAUGUGGAAACGGAUAAAGAUGACCCACGCUCGCACCGCAUGCUGCUGCCGAGUGGCUCACUCUUUUUCCUACGCAUUGUCCAUGGCCGACGGAGCAAGCCGGAUGAAGGUGUCUACACCUGCGUGGCACGCAACUACCUGGGAGUCACAGUCAGCCGCAAUGCCUCACUAGAAGUAGCCACUCUUCGAGAUGACUUCCGUCAGGCCCCUAACGAUGUGGUCGUCGCUGCGGGUGAAACAGCUGUGCUGGAGUGUAUUCCCCCUCGUGGACACCCGGAACCAAGCAUCUCCUGGAAAAGGAACAAUGUCCGCGUCAGUGACAAAGACGGGAGGAUUUCUAUGCGAAGUGGCAAGUUGAUAAUCUCUCACACCCGAAAAAGUGACGCAGGCAUGUAUGUGUGUGUGGGCUCCAACAUGGUGGGCGAAAGGGACAGCGAUCCGGCCGAGCUCGUGGUGUUCGAGAGACCAGUGUUCAUUCGUAGGCCGGUGAAUCAGAUUGUGCUGGCUGAGGACACUGUGGAGUUCUUCUGUGAGGUGCACGGAGAUCCUGCUCCCACGGUUCGUUGGCAGCGGGAGGAGGGAGAGCUGCCUCGUGGCAGGUUCGAAAUCCGCAGCGACAAUAGUCUCCGUUUGCUGAAGGUCCGAGAGGAGGACGAGGGCACGUACACAUGUAUGACAGAAAACAGCGUGGGGAAAACUGAGUCUCCGGCCACUCUGCAGGUCAAUGUGCCACCACAGAUUACCACCCAACCACGGGAUCAGGUCUCCACCCAGGGCCGAACUGUCAGCUUUCACUGUGGCACUGAGGGCGACCCACCUCCAGCCAUCUUCUGGCAAAAGGAAGGAACUCAGAUGCUGUUGUUCCCCGGGCAGCCUUUCUCUCGGGCUGGACGCUACUCUGUGUCCAUGAGUGGAGAGCUGACCAUUAGGGAUGUCCACAGUGAGGAUUCUGGCUACUAUGUGUGCCAGGCUAUCAGUGUUGCAGGCAGCGUUGUCUCUAAAGCAUUGCUGGAGGUGAAGGCUGGCCCAUCAGACCUGGUUCCUCCCAUCAUCCGCCAGGGCCCAGCCAACCAGACGCUGGCCCGGGGCUCCAGCGUCCUGCUCCAGUGCCAUGUGACGGGCAGCCCACCCCCAAGCAUCAGGUGGGAAAAGGACGGACAAAGCCUCCUGGGGGACGACGUCCACAUAAGCCUAAUGGAAAACGGCACUUUACACAUCAGCGACUUGCAGGAGACAGACUCAGGGACGUACACCUGCGUCGCAUCCAGUUCCACAGGCGAGAUGAGUUGGAGUGGGACCGUGACCGUGAGAGCUACAGGAACAUCCUCUGUCCCGCGCAUUUCGCUGGCCCUGCAGCUGCCAGGACCUCCUCAGAAGCCCGUUGUGACGGACGUGAGCCAGAGCAGCGUCACCCUGACCUGGCAACCCAACCAGCACGAGGGGGGUGCUGCAGUCACCUCUUACAUUAUUGAGGCUUUCAGUCAGUCAGUGGGCAGCACAUGGCAGACAGUAGCAGACCAGGUGAAGCAGGAGAAGCACACUGUGUCAGGCCUGUACCCCAACACUGUGUACCUGUUUAUUGUCAGAGCGGUCAAUUCCUAUGGCCUGAGUGACCCCAGCCCCAUUUCUGAGCCUGUCAGAACACUAGAUGGCAGCUCCAGCGGUCCAGCAAUUGAUCACAGACGUAUACAGACAGAUUUCGCAGAGGUCACAGUUUAUCUUCACCCGCCAGAGAUCCUGACUCCCACUAGUGUGCAGAUCACAUGGACUGCUGAGCGUGAACCGCAGUACAUUCAGGGCUACCGGCUCCUGUACAGGCCAGUGGGCAGCGCCUGGCUGGUUCAGGAUAUAAAGGCAGGGCCUAAACACACAGCGGUCUUAUCAGAUUUGCACAGAGGCACAGACUAUGAGCUGAAAAUGAGGCCUUACUUCAAAGAAUUCCAGGGAUCGGACAGUGAUAUGGUUCUGGUUCGCACCCCAGAGGAAGUGCUAAGUGGCCCCCCUCAGACGGUGAGUGUGGUCCAGCUGAGCAACAGCUCCACCCUCCGUGUGUCCUGGGAGCCUCCUGUCACUGAUGGUCAGGAUGAGCCAGUUCUGGAGUACAGGGUGUGGUGUGCAGGAAAUGAGUCUGGCCUGCAGUAUAUGAACCGCAGUGUGGAUGGGGAUGUUCUGUGGGCUCUGUUAGACGGCCUGGUACCGGAGCUGCUGUACCGUGUACAGGUGGUGGCUGUGACCGGCUCAGGAAUAGGGACACCCAGCCGUCCCGUCUUCAUCUUCCUCAGACCUGUGGGAGAGCCAUCAUUGCCAGCGUUAAAGGACGACAGCAUCAGUCUUUCAGAGCAGAUCUCUGGAGUGGUCAGACAGCCGGCCUUCAUUGCUGGAUUAGGUGGCGCCUCCUGGAUGGUGCUGAUGGGCUUCAGUGCUUGGAUCUACUGUAGACACAGGAGGAGAAAAGAGCUCGGCCACUACGCCACUUCAUUCGCAUACACACCUGCAGUUGGACUCUCUCAUAGCGAUGGAUCAGGACUAAUCAAUGGAAGGCCUUGCUUGCUUGGAUCAAAUAUGGGAAACUACCCCUGGCUGGCAGAGUCGUGGCCAACUAGCAACUUCACCCACACCAGCAAAGACUCCAUGACCUGCUGCUCGGGUCAACAUGACUCCACAGACAGAUACUACAACACUGUCGGCAUCACUAACUUCCUCAAACAGAGUAAUGCAUACAGUCCAACAUCUAAUGAGGGUCCCAUCUACAGCACUAUUAAUCCAGCUGAUGAGGAGCAGCAUGACCUGAGCAGUCUGUACUCCCAAGGUCCAGACCCCUACAGCAGCUCACCAGCACUUUCCAAAACGGAUGUGUUCGGUCUGGAUCAUGAUCUUGACCAGUGGAGUAUCCAGUCUGGGAACAGCACAACUGAAUACGCCAAACUCCAAUAUCCAAGGAUAGGCAAAGCCAAUGUGGGAUUGCACAAGUCCUGCACACCUGCUGCCUUUACCUGGUCUGAAGUCCUGUCCCUGCCUCCACCAGACACCAGAGAACAGAGACAUCAAGAGAGACAGCGACCCAGCUCAGAGGAUGAUGAGGACUGGUGUCCUCCUCUGCCGGAAAGGACGUAUCUGUUCGAGAGUUUGGAAAAUUCAGCCACAUUGCCUCUGAGAGGAGAGCAGACUGGACGAGGAACUACCUACAGCCAGCGACCUACAACCUUCCUCACACCAUCUCCACACGAGGAGCAACGACCAGCUAACUCUCGACUUCCACAUCCUGACCUACUGCCAAGCAGUAAGCCACCAUGCUCACUUGGAUCCCAGAUACCUCUGUCCCACCCCAAUCUACUGUCCAACCUAGAAUCUCACAGUGGCAGCUUGCCUCAUCUGACAGGCCACUGGAGAGACGUUGGUCAGCUGGACAGGCUGCUGUCAGACAACACUAAGCAUUUAAUAGGAGAGUUUGCUUCAUUUUCUCCUGAGAAAAGUAUUCCUUCACCCAAUCACCAACAAAGGCCUAAAAGAAAAUCACCCAGAGAUGGACGGAGAAGAGAAAUCUUAAAACCAGGAGACCUACCACCUCCCCCUGAGCCCCCUCCUGCAGAAGACUCUCUGAAGCAGCUGGCUGCCAUGUUGGAGAGCGGCAGCAGAACCCCCCCAUCCCGCCAAGAAAGGAGGGCGGAGCGCAGAGCUGCCAGCCAGUGGAGCGCAGAAGAUGAGGAGCUGAUCCAGUACUGUAAGAUGAAUAUGACAACCAGGAGUCAGGUGUCCAGUCACUGUUCCUCCACUGGAAGCCCCUCCUCCCGCUCCUCCACCGCCUCGCGCUCCUCAGGGGCAGCCAGGAGGAGAAAUGAGGUGAGAAUAUGAUAUAAGGAGGGAAUGAUGAUGCGUUUGUCCUUAGCAUCCUGCUGUGCCAUCCCUCUCGAAUCUCCAACCUGCGUUGAUUGAAAUAAUGAAUUAGAGGCCAGUAGAACACAAGAGCCAUACAAGUGUAUGUGAUUCUCAUCCACUUUGUCAAUCAUGGUUGAUGGAUGAUUGCGUAUUUAAUUGUUUAUUUAUUUCUCUAUUUAUUUAUUAAUUUAUUUAAUUUAUUUAUUCACUUGUGUUGUUUUUGUACGUUUUUCUUUUAUGUCCUAUUUACACUCUGCCUUUAUGUGUAUAUAAAUACUUUUGACUAUGUUUCGUGUGCGAGGAAAUUGGGAAAUCGCCAAGGGAAGGAAAAGUCCCGUCUGUAUUUUUGUCCAACAAAGUAUGUUUCUGAAUGUAUUUGCUGUUUACAUGUAUAACUGGAUGUUUACAUGUAAUGCCAUGGUGUUUAUAUUGUGCUAUACAACAAUACAAUAGUAUUAUCAGACACAGUCUAUGCGAUCCAAGCCCAUCAGAGUGGUAUGGUAGAAUAGACCAGCAGCCUAGAGUCCUUCUCUGUGAAUCUCCACCAUCACUGAACCUCCGCUUCUAAUCCGUCCACGCUGCAGAACGUUCAUCUGUUCAACAGAUCAGAGUCUUGCCUGCCAAGCUUCGCUCCUGAACGUGUGUGUUCUAAACAUGCUUAAAGAAAAGGGUCAAGUGAAAAUGCUAACGUUGCUAGCGCGGAAUAAAAGUUAGCGGGGCCUGUUAGCAUUAUGCAAACGAUAUCACCUUUCACUGUCAGACACUUGGUUAUGUCCUCCAGCCUAUUUUGAUUGCAGCAGAAAACACAAUAAAACAAAUGUGACAUUUUUUUAAA